AAUUAAUAUGAGCGCUAAAAAGAAUACAAAUCAAUUCGAAGAAGGUUCAGAGGAGGAUUAAAUCAAAAAAAAAGUAAAAAAAAAUGAAGAGCAAAAGAAAAGUAAUGAUAAGAAUGACGACGAAUUUGAAGUCGACUCAGAAUAGGAGGAAGACGAAGAAAUUGAAGAUGAUGGUAAUUAAUUCUAACUAUAAUUUAGGUAUCCAAACCUCUUCACAUUCCAGCAUAGAUGUUUAGGCUUAUUUAUAACAAAGAGACUAAAUUCCUGAUAGUGAUGAUGAUGAAGAAGAAGAUGAGGAUGACAAUAAACAAAAACAAAAGAAAUAAACUCAAACCAAAUAAAAAUAAUAGAAAGUAUCUAAGAAAAAGUAGGAUGAUGAAGAUGAUGAUGAUGAUGAAGAUAGUGAUGAUGAUUUAGAGGAUGAAGAUGAGGAAGAAGAUGAUGAUGAUGAUGAAGAAGAUGAAGAUGAAAAACCACCUUAAAAGAAAUAAAAAGUUUAAUAAUAAUAGAAGAAAAAAAAAUAAUGA